AUGGCUGGUAUAACAGACGGGGAAGAUCUUAAGGAGGCUUUAACGUCUCGCGUGCCCUACAGUUUACUUAGUGUCUCACUUCAGCAGCGUUAUAGCAUGAGCGAAUAUCAUGACCGAGUAGUCAAACAUAGUAUUUUGCACAUCUAUGCUUACUAUCGACUUCCAGAAUACGUGCGGGCAGGUCUUUCCGAGGCUGCAUACUAUGCCCAAAUGAUCGAGUACGGAGGGGAGAACCUCCAGCUUUACCCUUAUGUCCAUCAAAAAAGAAUUCUUUUAUAUACCAAAAAGACUCAACUGUCGUACUAUCUGAAUAUGCUCUUGGAGCUGCUGAAGAAGGAGCAAAACUAUGAUCAACUCCCAAAUUUUACGGCUUUGGAUAUCCUCCGGCUCCUGCGAAUCGGUCGAAAUCAAUUUCUUAAUAUUACCAAGGAGGUCCGGAGUAAACUACGGUGGCACACCAAUCGAAAUUAUAUCACCGAGCACCUCCCUACGAUGCUGGCAUCUUCAGUCGAAGUGAAGCCUUUCUGGAGAGUCUUGGUGGUUGAAAAGCCGGUGGACCAGGUUCGGAGGGCAUGUCAGCUGCAUGCAGUGGAGGAUUACACACUCUACCAGCUUCUUUUUACCAAUAGAAAUAUGGCGCACGUAUCCGUGGAAGCGCUUCAAGCCAUGGGUGUUCAGAGAAGCUUAUUUCUUAGAGACACGAUUUUUGCUUGUGAGUUGCCGAAAUCCCCGCUGCUGCGAUUGUAUCGGAAAGGCUUUGUUAGUUUUGACUUUAACGUUUCGCCAGACGAUCGAAUCGUCGUGCCUCCAUUGGAGGAUUUCGUGAUGAACCGCACAUGUGAUGACCCUCAUGAGUUGUUACUCUACCGAGUCAUGUCCACCUCCGAUGAUCGAACCCCACUCCACCUUCUCUCACAGCUGCUCAUGCUGGACGUCGAGGAUGUAUGCGCGGCGGCCCAUGUCCUUGUUCGUCUAGGGCUGGCUCUUUUAAAGAGCAGUGCCGCACCGGCGAAAAAUUGGAAGCAAAUGCAAUCGAUUCAUCCAACAUGGGGUACUCAGGUUCAGGAGAUGGUGCGGUUAACUACUAGCCCCAAGCUUCCUACUGAGAUGUUUACUUCUUAUGGAUCACCCAUAGUCAGCCACGAUCACCCGCUUAAGCGCAUUGCGUUGCUUUACGAUGUGACUCUGACGGGCUUUCUCAUGACGAACCUCAGCCGUGAUCCUGCGUUUAAACGCCACGCUGUGACAUUGUUUGAGGUAGGUAAGAUGCCCGAUGAGUUGGUCGAGAGUUUUCUAGUUAUUCUCGGUGGAAUCGAUUUAGAUGAAGAACAGGUGUUUGGUGAUGAAGUGCUCAAGUACAUUCGCUGUGUUUUUUGCCUACGUGAGACGCUGAAGGUACUCCGAUCUAUUAGAGGCCCGGAGGGUGCCGCCGGGGUUGAUCUUUUAAAAAUUGAAUCCCUUAACGAGCUGGAGGCGACCACUAGAUAUUCUGUUCUUGGAAGGAAUUAUUGGAGUUACAUUACCAUAGCGCCGUUAGCCAAUGUCCCUCUUAUAGAUAUUGAGCUCAGCGGUGUGUAUGGGAACACCGCAAGCCUCAUGGCAUCGCCGUGGCUACUUCUCUAUUUGCAUUCAAAGACUCGGUGUGGACCGCCAAGCCUCUUCAUUCCAUUUGGCUCAUUUGUGCAGUAUUGGCCACCUUUGUUUGAUCAAGACAAGGAAAGUGAUGACAUGGUAGAAGAGUGGCCAGCAUUUUGUUGUGCCUGUAGUACUUCCUGUGGUUCCAGCCCCUCGAGCGGGAGUGACAGUCGAGCUGACAUCGUUGUCGGUAGAGCCACAAAACUACGCUUGCAAUCCAUUGCGUUGGACUCGGAGGUCUCCUAUGUUGAUCUUAAUACCUCCCUUCCAUUUGCAAAUGAAAUGGCGUUGACAUCGCCUGUACUGGUGCAAUGUGCUGUAUCAGUGCCGUUGGUGCGCAAAUAUGACGGUUCUGUAUCGGAGGUGGAAUUUUAUCACUUCAACGAAGUCGAUUUUCCCUUUACGGCCACCCGCGAGGAAGUCAUGAAACUCGCUAAUAAGGAAAUAGCUGCUAAGCGAAAUAUUGUCAAUAACUCUGCAAAUACAGAGGCAAGUGCGCAGACGUUAUUUGUGGAUACAAAGGAUGAGCUCUAUGUGACGCUACAGCGUUGUAUUGAGGCGCUUCACUUGGAGCAUUCACUAGGCUACAUCACCUGCUGCCUUGGCUACUGUACUGGUGAUUCUUCUGAAGAAGCGGAACCAACCACGCACCAGGAUCCGAUGAUGCUGAACCGACCUCAGGGGGGAGACCACAACGAUGGAGUGCCCUUGUUGAACGCUGAAGAGCUGCCAUCAACCCGGAAACCGUGUUUGGUAUAUACCCUAGACACUGUGCAGGUGGUGGGAAUAGGAUUUGGCGUUCCUCUGACAAGCUUAAAUUGCUGUUUGUGCAUGUUACCAGGACUUCACGUUUUACUAUCGGAAGAGUCAACUGAAAAGCAUAAUGCUGCGAUGCGAAGCUGUGUAGAAGAGUUUAGCCUUUUUAUGGAGCAACACUCGUCGUUGAAACGUCUCGUGUACGAGAAAUUGCCCAUCCAAUCAGUUUCCGCACCUAGGUCUACAACACAGAUGCAUUUAAGGAAAGUCUGCAGCCAGGGUGGUGCUUUACCAUUCCCUCGGACUUUUCUUUUCUUUGAUGGGACAAAUUUGCGUACCGUGGACGAUGCAGACCCGUUGUCUGAGUUCUGGUAA